AUGAAUCAAAGACCUUUUGCUCAAGGGGGCUUCCCCCUCACGCUCCGGACAACGUUCCACCUCAUCGGAGAUCUCCUCUAUCUUCAGAUUCUCUAUGCGAUUUCCUACCUGGCACAGCCAUUCGCAAGCAGCGCGCAUCGCGAGCUCCCACCACUGAACAAAACCAUCCAUAGGAAAGAAGUGGAAAUCAGCAACAUCAUCUUGGGCAUUGUCCCACUGACAGCCUUCAGCUCUGCAACAGCGACAGAGCGCCAGUGGCGUCUAUCAUCUGGAAACAACGCCCUGAACCACGGAGAACCAGCCCUCGUGAUUCCUCCAUGCCCUGAGCCCGUCUACACCAAGAAAUGGUCACCAAUUGAUUACCGAGGAGAGUCAUCAACUCGCAACAUCCAGAACGAGAACGAAUUCCCCUUGUCGCGAUCUAACGCUAUACGCCGAAGCGGCUCUUCCAUCUACGAUGCUGUACAAGGUAUCAAGUCCAGUACCCGAGGAAGCUUGUCGUCAAUGGCCAGCUCGGCCAAAGCUAUCUUCCACCAACCUGGCACAUCCAAGCCUCUGGCAAUGAUUCCACGAAACCUGGACGGUGCAUCUUUCGACGACCCAUGUGAAAAGCUUCAGCCAAAGCUCCAUGACGAGCCGGUGCAACCUAUGCCGAUUCGGAAACGAUUCUCCAGACACCCUCUGUUUGAGAGGCCGGUUCAAAUGUCCGCUGCUGCACGGCUGGCCGAACACUUCAGUGAUCCUGGCCCAUCUUCAUCUUACGGACUGAAGGUUGAGGAGGCCCCAGAGGUCGUCCCAGUUGGAUCAGUGGAUGGUGCGGACGAUGAUGUUGAGACGGUGCACCUGAGCCGGAGCCGGAAGUAUCAUUCUAUCGAGAGCUAUCCUGGUAACUUUCCCGUCAGCGAUACUUUGGAUUACAGCUCGCUUGCUACUGCUUUUGCGGUUCGAGGAAGGGGAACUACCUCCGUGCGUCCAUUCUCGGAUUACUAG